AUUUACAUCAAUUAGUCAAUGCUAGCCAUCAACAAAUUCAUGUAAAUUGUUUGUUAAAAUAUCAAUGAGGGAACUCAAUUGCAUAAGAUAAAACUUUAUUAUUUGUAAUUCUAAUGAUGAUGGACAAAAAACUAUCAGCAUUAUUAUUUUUAUUGGAUAUUUGGUUAUUGAAAUAUUGUUGUAUGUUAAUGAAAAGUGUAGAGGAGUGUCUUCAUAGCUAAUAUUUUUAUACAAUUACUAAAAUGCUAAAUGUAUGACACAAUUAUAGAUGUAUAUCAUAAAAAAAGAAGAAUUAUGCCAACAAAAUCUUCACUUUUUUUAUCUUACGUCUUCAAAUGAAUUUAACACUUAAUCUCUUUUACUUUAUUGGUUGACAUUCGUCAAUUUUAAAAGUGUUGACUCUAAUUUUUAAAUAAAUUAUACUAGAAAAAGAUCACAAAUAAAUAUUUUAUGUAUGCUUUUUGUUCAUAAAAGAAAUCAUUAACAACUAAAUUUUUUGUUUCAAUAAGCAUUUGCAAAUGUUUGAAUAAAAUCAUACAUAUAUAAAAGAGAAAAAAUUAGUUAUCAGCCAAAUCCAAACUUUUAUUUAAUUUAUCAUGUCACAUUCAUUUCAAACGAUUUUUUUUUGAAAUCGAACAAUAACCUUUUUCAUAUACUAAAAUACCAAUGAUACAACAUUUCUGUACUAUUGUAGUUCUAAUAAUGGACAUGAGUUAUACGUGGUUUCAAUUCGGGGAUACAUUUAUCAUUGGUUGAGAAAUCUACUACUACAAGAAGGUUCAACUGUUAAGUUUAUUGAUUAUUGUACAUUAAUCAAAUAGAGAAUUGAGUUGAAAACAACUCCAUUUUAUCAUUACACCAUUUUAUCAUAUGUAAUGAUAAAAUGGUAAGGUUUAGGUGUACAUAAUGAUCUAUAAUUGUAUUGUAGAGUUCAGUUCUAUGGGUGACAAGAUCGAUCCCAUCUCAAUUUCUAAUGGUUUUGUUAGUGUGAGAUAUCAAAGUUGUAAAAUAUUUUUGAGAGUACAUAAGGAUCUACAGUGGUAUCUUUUAAUUUUAAUUAUAUGAGGGUCAAGACGGAUAAUUAUUUAAAUGAUGGGCAACAGUUAUAUGUAUAACUCAGAGGACAAAUUUACCAUCUAUUGGACAGUCUACUACCACCAGAAGGUUCAACUUCUAAGUUAGUUGAGUUAUAAAAGGAGAAAUAAUUUGAAAUGACUCUGAUUCGAUCGUUACAUAUGAUAAUUUAAAAUCAUGUGUGUGAAGUUAUUUUCAUGAGACUGAAAAAUAUAUUAGACGCUCACAAUAUUUGGCUCAAACUUGUAGAUGCACGAAAGGAAAAAAUCAAUGAAAAGUUAUGUACAAGUACAACAUAUGAUGUUGAAAACUGUUGGCAAAUAAAAAAGAAGAUGAUUGUGAAUGUAAUCUUCAAAAUAGUGAUGACGUUAUGACUUUUAUUGUUUUACAUGAUCGUUGUUCUUAGGCACACCCAAACUUGAUAUGGUCGCUCUACUAUCAAAGAAAGCUCAAAUAAUAAAUAAUAUUAAUAAAUAUAUACAAAGAGAAAUAAUAGCCUACCACUUUUUGUAAAAGUAACAAAAAAUAAAACAUGUCGCUCAUCGGGCGGGCACAAAACUAGUUACGUAUAUAAAUGAUUACUAACUAAUAAGCCGAAUUUAAGCCAACAAGCUUUGAUUUAUGACCAAUUAUCUUGAAUCUAGAGGUCUCAUAUCUGUAUCUUUUAAAUAGUUUCGAACUAUAAAAACAAACAUAUAUCACUCUUGUAAAAACCCACAAAAAUAAUCUCAUUCUUACAAGUCUAGUCACCAUUUACUAUGCACCACUAUUAUAGUUUUCAAGAACCCGUUAAUGUAAAUAACGAGUUGCUGGGUGCUAGUAAUCAUGGAUGCAACAUCUAGAAAGUCUUCUCAUUCUAGAAUUGGAGUCAUUCUAAAGGACGAUCAUUAUCUCUUCUUGUCUGUUACAUUAGUUUCGUAUCUUUUGCUCAUUGGAGCUUUAACAAAGCAACCCAUGCAGUGGCAAAACACUCUUUCAUCGGGAGUACUUUGGAGUUCGAUUAUACACGCUUUUUCGUUUUUGGUUAUUGUUAGUUUUGUAAUUUUGUUGUCCGGCUGCCUUGAGGGUUUAUCUUGUAUAAAAAAUAGCGAGUUGGUAUACGAGGUUUCAAAUUGAAUAUUACAUCAUUUUUAAACACAAUGACGAAUUCAAAGAGCUUGAAAUUUGCAAUAGGAACCCAAGAGCGUACUCACUCAUAAGGGCCCCGAAAAUUUGAUUAAACAUGGGUUUCACCGAUAUCAAAAAUCGAAUUCAUGACCUUUUGACUCCUGAGAAGUAUGUAACUGACACAUCUUUUUAGCCAACUUGAUUGUGAAGUUAGUAUUGACUUUUUAUGUUGCAAGUAUAAGUUGUGAAAAAUGCCUUUUUAGCUAUAAGUUUUAUCAAGAAUGAUAUAUGAAACUAUAUGAGUGAACCUGCUUAUGAAUGAUUGUUUGAUUGUAUUCAUGAAAAAAUGUUUGAAUAGUAAAAUAAGAGAUGAAUGUAUUCCACAAACUAUUCAGCAUAUUUUGGUUGUUAUGAGAAAGACUGAAAACUUUAUGAAGUACAUAUUUUAUUGUUAUUGAUUCUUUUCUUUUUAUUGGCUUGAACCACCUCUUCCAGACUUCAUUUGAUCUACCAUAACUUAUGCUUCAAAUUAACAGUUAAUUAAUGUUGGAGUUUGUAAAGAUUGAAACAUGAGACUUUCCAUGAAAGAUCUUGAUAUCGUAUUAAGAACUAAUUGGUCUCAAACUCUGAAUAACUUGAUUAAUUGAUUGAGACCAAUGAAUACAUCUUAUAUAACUACUAACACAAAUUCCCAAAAGCUAAUUUUUAUUUCAAAGCAUUUAGACCUUGAUGUCGAGCUAACAGUUAAUUUUAAUUUGUUGUUCUCGAAAUCUCGAGUUUAAUCAAACUGGACCGAAAGAUGGGUGUUCAUCACAAUGCUCAUAGAAACAAAAAUAACGAAAAGACAAACCCUUGUAGCCAUGGAAUCUGAAGUAUCCGCCAAUGUACGGCUGAACUACGGCAACAAAAGAAUAACAGUUAAUAUAUCCUACCUCUCACAACAAGUUGAUCUCUAUUCUCUAGGUCCAACAAUGCUGUGUGACUGUGAUUAUGUGCUAGUCUAACAACUAACAAGUAAGACAUUUGAAAACUCAGCUAACCAGACUGAGAAGAGGCGCCUCAACUGGAUUUGUCAUUUGGAUGGGAGCGCCCUUGUUCCGUACGACAGCUUUUUCCUCUCCGACGGGGGAAGAGCCCAAAAAACGACGAGAGCAAAGAAUUCCUCCAAUGAGAGCUUUCCUUCAUGGAGACGGAGUAUCUGAAGAAACUCCAAACUUCCUGUCCAUAUCUGCUCUUUUUCGGCUCCCCUGCCUCUUUUUUGGUUUUGCAUAGUUUGUAUCCCUUCCUCACUGGCAAAUUCAGCUCCCUCUAUGCCACCACUGUACAUGCAUAAACAAAUCUACUCCUUUCUAUAAAAUGAUCCAUCCCAGUCUUCCCCUCUUCGUCAAAGGCACAACAACACUUUUCUUUCCUCACUUCUGCCCAUUAGGCUGAACCCUUCUUUGCACCUGUGUGAGGCUGUGAUCAGGUGCAAUUCUUUCUCCUGCACUCUCUUGUUGUUGUUGUUGUUGUUCUUCUUCUGCAUGAAUGUGUGUUCCCAGUUUCAAUGUUCUGUUGUGCAAAUAAUGCAUUCUGUGUUUUUAACAGUCUAUGAAAGAAUUAUGCUUCAUUUCAUGCCUUCUAUGUUAUGGGUAAUGUGAAAGCUUUGAUCUUUAUGGAAAAUGAUGAUGCUGGUCAUUGAAUAAGGUGACGUUUUGUAAUGGGUUUCUAUAAAAAUUAUCAUUGCAAGGCUUCUGGUUAUUGAGAGGAGAUCCCUAUGUUAAAUGUUUGCAGUAUCAUGUUUGGUUCAUCACAAAGUGUUUGACAGAAUUCUGCUUUUUAUUGUUUGGAGUCUAAUCAGUUAUCCCUUCGAAUUCGAUUGUAGAUUGUAAUUGAAGGGCGGGGCGAAUAACCAUGGAUGAUAAGGAUAUCUCCCUUGAAGCUAUCAACAAGGAAACUGUGGAUCUGGAGAACAUCCCAGUGGAAGAAGUCUUCCAGAAGUUGAAUUGUACCAAAGAGGGACUGACUGGCGAUGAAGUUCAGCAAAGGCUGCAAGUCUUUGGUCACAACAAACUCGAAGAGAAACAUGAAAGCAAAGUCCUCAAGUUUUUGUCUUUCAUGUGGAAUCCACUCUCAUGGGUUAUGGAAGCAGCUGCUAUCAUGGCAAUUGCUCUUGCACAUGGUGAUGACAAACCUACAGACUACCAUGAUUUUGUUGGGAUCAUUCUGCUGCUAAUCAUCAAUUCAACCAUCAGUUUUAUAGAAGAGAACAAUGCUGGAAAUGCUGCUGCUGCUCUCAUGGCUCGCUUAGCACCAAAGGCAAAGAUUUUACGCGAUGGGAAGUGGAAUGAGGAAGAUGCAGCUGAAUUGGUUCCUGGAGAUAUCAUUAGCAUCAAGCUAGGUGAUAUCAUUCCGGCUGAUGCUAGACUUCUUGAAGGAGAUCCUCUCAAAAUUGACCAGUCUGCUCUUACAGGAGAGUCGCUUCCAGUAACUAGAGGCCCUGGUGGUGUGAUAUACUCGGGCUCAACAUGCAAGCAAGGUGAGCUCGAAGCAAUCGUGAUAGCCACUGGAGUACACACCUUCUUUGGCAAGGCAGCUCAUCUCGUUGACAGCACUACCCAUGUCGGCCAUUUCCAAAAGGUCUUGACUUCAAUCGGGAACUUCUGCAUCUGUUCAAUUGCUGUUGGGAUGUUAAUCGAGAUCAUAGCUAUAUACGGCUUCCAACAAAGAAGUUACCGAACUGGGAUAGACAACCUUUUGGUUUUACUCAUUGGUGGCAUCCCUAUUGCCAUGCCUACAGUUCUUUCAGUUACUAUGGCCAUUGGUUCUCAUCGCUUGUCUCAGCAGGGUGCCAUCACUAAGAGGAUGACAGCUAUUGAGGAAAUGGCAGGAAUGGAUGUUUUGUGUAGUGAUAAAACAGGCACUCUCACUCUUAACAAACUCACAGUGGACAAGAGCAUGAUAGAGGUCUUUGCAAAGGGCGUUCAGCAAGAUGAUGUUGUUCUGAUGGCUGCUAGAGCUUCGAGGUUGGAGAAUCAAGAUGCUAUUGAUGCGGCCAUUGUUGCCAUGCUAGCUGAUCCAAAAGAGGCGCGAGCUGAGGUUACAGAAGUUCAUUUCCUGCCCUUCAAUCCAACUGACAAGAGGACAGCACUGACUUACCUAGACAAUUCUGGCAAGAUGCAUCGAGUCAGUAAAGGCGCCCCGGAGCAGAUUCUCAAUUUGGCAUACAACAGAGCAGACAUUGCCAACAGGGUACAUGGAAUCAUCGACAAGUUUGCAGAGCGUGGACUACGAUCACUAGGGAUUGCCCGACAGGAUGUUCCUGACAAUAACAAGGAAAGUUCAGGUGGACCAUGGGAGUUUGUUGGCCUGCUACCACUCUUCGAUCCUCCGCGACAUGAUAGUGCUGAGACCAUCAGAAGAGCUCUUGAUCUUGGUGUUGGUGUCAAGAUGAUCACUGGUGAUCAGUUGGCCAUAGCAAAGGAGACAGGAAGGCGGCUUGGCAUGGGAACCAACAUGUAUCCUUCAUCAUCUUUGCUUGGAGAGAGCAAAGGGACAGGGUUUGAGUCUCUACCAGUUGAUGAGCUCAUUGAAAAUGCUGAUGGUUUUGCUGGUGUUUUCCCUGAACACAAGUAUGAGAUAGUGAAGAAACUUCAAGCCAAGAAGCACAUUGUUGGGAUGACUGGCGAUGGAGUGAAUGAUGCACCAGCACUGAAGAUUGCAGACAUUGGAAUUGCCGUGGCUGAUUCAACUGAUGCGGCUCGUGGGGCUUCUGAUAUUGUGCUCACUGAGCCAGGGUUGAGUGUGAUCAUUAGUGCUGUCUUGACCAGCCGUGCAAUCUUCCAGAGGAUGAAGAAUUACACUAUAUAUGCAGUAUCCAUCACAAUCCGUAUAGUUAUGGGAUUCAUGUUGCUCACUUGCUUCUGGGAAUUUGAUUUCCCUCCCUUUAUGAUCCUCAUCAUUGCCAUCCUGAAUGAUGGUACCAUAAUGACAAUUUCCAAAGACAGAGUGAAGCCAUCACCAGUGCCAGAUAGCUGGAGGCUGAGUGAGAUCUUUGCAACUGGAAUCGUAUUAGGAGGAUACCUAGCCAUUAUGACUGUCAUCUUCUUCUGGGCAGCUUAUGAAACCAACUUCUUCUCGGAGCACUUCCACGUACCAAGCUUGAGAAAGAGCCACUACAACACUUCAGACCCAGAUGUGGUUGAUUUGCUUAACAAGAAGCUAGCAUCGGCUGUUUACCUUCAGGUCAGCACAAUCAGCCAGGCUCUGAUCUUCGUGACUCGUUCCAGAAGCUGGUCCUUUGUUGAAAGGCCUGGUAUGCUUUUGAUGAUCGCAUUCAUCAUUGCCCAGUUGAUAGCGACCGCGAUAUCAGCAUUAGCAAACUGGGGUUUCGCCGGCAUCCAUAGCAUCGGCUGGAAAUGGACUGCCGUCAUUUGGGUUUACAACAUUGUGACAUACCUGCUUCUUGAUCUCAUCAAGUUCGCUGUCCGAUAUUGCUUGAGCGGUAGAGCUUGGGGACUCGUCUAUAACCAAAGGACUGCAUUGACCACACAGAAGGACUUUGGAAGGGAAGCUAGGGAAGCAGCAUGGGCGACUGAACAGAGAACACUGCACGGCCUGCAAUCCGCAGAUUCGAGGCCUAUUCACGACAAGAGCAGCUACAGGGAAAUCAGCAUGGUUGCUGAAGAGGCCAAGAGGCGCGCUGAGAUUGCAAGACUGAGAGAGCUGCACACACUGAAGGGCAAAGUGGAGUCGUUUGUGAAGUUGAAGGGAUUGGACAUUGAAGUGAACCCACAUUACACAGUCUAAUCAAGGAGACUACUUCCAGUGAAGUAGAACUGCUGAUGGUCUAAUUCACUGUGAAUGAAACUUCUUUGUUCUUUUUUGUUCAAUCUUCUUCUUACAUGUAUUAUCAAAAAUGGUUAUUUUUCUUGUGGGUUGUGAAUUAAUAGUUCUUUUUUUCCCCAACUAAGACUAAUAAUACACCUUUGCUGGAGUAGUAAACUGAUAGUGUCGAAAUUGUAAGAUAUGCGUGCGCGGAUUUACAUCUAUAUACGGCUAUGAAAAUUUCAUCUCAGGUAUGUUUUCCCAUUCACUAUUAUGCAACAGGGUCGGCCCUUAAUAUUCGGAGGACCUGUUUGAAAAAUUAAAAUGUGGCCCUAAAAUUUUUUUCAUGCAAAUUUAUUAAUUUUUUUUAUUAACGAUGAUAAAAAUUUACAUAAAAAUGAUUAGGGCAUCUUUUUCAUAGCUUUUGGCAGCCCUAGGCUAGAUUUUGUCACAACUAAUAGAAACAAACAUGGCCCAUUAAAAGAGCAACUAAUCCAUUCACUUUCUUUAAAAUUGGGCCCAUUAAAGAUCAACUAAUUCAUUCAAUUUCUUUUAAUUUUAGCCCAGACAUCCUUCCAUGACUCAUAUAAACGAAUUAAUAUUCAUUUCUUUUAAGUUGGGCCUAUACAUUUUUCUCUCGUCAUAUAAAUGAAUUAACAACUUGGACGCACACAUCCUUAUUUGGCCAUAUAAAAGAAUCAUUAGUGAGGCCCUUAAAAUUGUGAAGCUCUGUACUGUGAGUCUGACUAGCACAGGGUCUGGGUCGAGCCUGCUAUGCAAACUUACAUCUUUUAUAGCCAAUAUAGUCAAAAUCCCGAUUUUAAUCUUAAAAUCUUACGACUUUACGAUCUUACCUAUGAGUUCCGAUCCUGAUUUUAUUGUAAAUCUUUGAACCUUAAAAUCCCAUAAAAUUCAGAUUUAAAACUCUAAAAUUCUAAAAAUCUACGAUUUCUACGAUUUUGUACGAUUUCAAGGCUCAUAUCAAUUGGAGCAAAAUUAGGCCGGUCAAGUUGGUUCUUCCCAUGAACGUUGUCAAAUUUACUUCCCCCGACCCACCAUAAUGAACAACACAACCCUAACCUGAUAGACAACGCUCGAUUUAUUUUCAUUCUCUUUCUUGUAUCUUCUUCUUUCACACAUCGACGCCCAACUCCUUCCAUCAACGAUAUCUUCCGACCUCCCAAUUAGCUUGUAGUUUUUUCCCACCACCCUCACAAUAAUUCAAAUAUCCAUUCCAUUGCAAAUUUUCAUUCAUCUCCCAAUCCUUCAGUACCACUAACCCCAACCUUUUAUCAAUUAAGAAGGGAAUGCAUUAAUCAAUGAGUUAUCUUUGUCAGAUGAUGGUGAUAAGGGAAAUAUGGUUAAUGGUGAAAGUACUUCAAGUGAUCCUAUGAGUAAUGAUAUUAGUCCUCAAGCAAAUAGACAAGGAUGAGAGUGAGGGUGAAGGUGAGGAUGAUAACGAUGAUGUGUAAGUGAUGUUAAUAUUGAUACUAAUGAUCUUAUGUGAUUUUCUACUCUUAACUAUUAAUUAAUAUGUGAUUUUCUACUCUUCACUAUUAAUUAAGUGAUUUCUAUUAGGUGUUAGGUUGCUUAUUUGUGUGUUUGAAUUAUGUAUAAGAAUAAAUAUAUGCAUUUAAU